AUGCAGCUCACACCAAGACGACAUGAACUGUUAUCAGUGUAUCUACUGGGUGCUGGGACCCUAUUUAUGUAUCUAGGUUACAUUAUGCAAGCUUUCAUAGCCGAAUCAGUGAUACAUACAUUGAGUAAAAGGCAUCCAGAAAAGAUUUACGAGUUUGCCGGCUAUUACGGACAAGCCCUGCAUUAUUCGGCUUUUGCGGUUUCCUCACUAAUUACGCCUUCUGUCCAGAAUUAUAUCACUUCAAAAUGGCUUCUCAUUAUAGCUAGCGCUUUAUUUGCAGUGUAUUAUUUGGGUUUUAUUCAUGUGACCAGUUUCUAUUUUUAUUUGUCGCAAGUAUUAAUGGGAAUUGGAUAUUCUUUCUACAACAACGGAGAAGGUUCAUAUCUUUCCGAACAUUCCUCGCCACGAACUAUCGAAUCUAAUACGGGUAUUGAAACAGCUGUUGGUCAUAGCAGUAUGUUCGUCGGUGGUGCUGCAUUAGCCAUGAUCUACUAUAUUAUCGUGCCGGGCACAUCAUCUAGUCACGAGACGUCGUUAACGUUCUCGGACACGCAAAUUUUCUGGAUCUAUGGAAGUUUUUUUGGAUUGAAUGUAGUUUCUGUGUUGAUUUUUACCUGUCUACCAACGAAACAAUUCGAUAGCAUAUCAUCGAACACUAAAAAUGUUAAAUAUGGUUUAAAAGAUCACAUAAAACAAUUCAAAUUUGCUGUUCUCGACACGAACGUGUUGCUGUUGACGCCUUUUUUCGCCUAUAUGGGUCUCAUAACCUCGUUCCUUAUGGGUGUGUAUCCAACAACACUUUCGUUCACCGCUUCCUUCUCUGAUGACGCAUACAUAAUUCCUAUCUACAGUAUGAGUAUUGGAGCAGCUGAGAUUUUUGGAGGGAUUUUCCUUAGGCGACUGAUCAAAAAAUGCCAACACUGGGGCCUUGUGGUCACCAUCACCACUCACUUCGUUUUCAUAUGCUCGAUGCUAAUUCUUGUUCAACUCUCUGCUCCUGAAAUGUCCACCAUCGAACCGACAGCAGCCGCUGCGAUGCUGAUUAGACCCAGUCGCUUCGUGGUGAUCAUUAUUGGUUUUCUGCUUGGUCUUGGCGACUUCACUAUCACAACGGGUCGUGCUGUGAUCUGUCAGGUUGCAGCUCCGGAUUUUCGGAUGCAGGUGUUCUCAUUGAGUCGAGUGUAUCAGUGUGUUUCUUCCUGUAUCGUACUAUUUCUGACACCUGUCAUGGGAAUCACGUCCUGGACAAUAGUACUGGCCGUAGGACUAGCUGUUGGAGCCACCACUUUCGCCGUAGUGGCAAGAAAAACGGCAAAUAAUCGCAAACAUCGGGUUGCAGCAACGGAGACCAAAGAAACGCUGGCAUCUACUGAUAUCGAGGCUGAUCGAAGAUUUUCUGGCGACCGUACCGCCGUCAACACUUAA